UUUCUAGCAGGUCGGGUAUUAUAAAUAAUAAUAAUAGUGAAGAUGUGAAAGGAAUUGUUUUAUUUUCGAUGGUUUAAAUGCAUCAUAACUAUCCAUUCAGGCAGUUUGAGGGCGAGAGAGCGCCAGGGCUUGGGAGACAUUUGGAGAAUCAGAGGGGAGGAGGAAAGAAGAGGAAGGGAGGAGGAAGGAAGGAGGAGAACGAUCCGGAGAAAACGUUUGAAAGGAAUAGAGAGACGUUUCAGUGGCCGGCUCACUAGAGAAGGAAUAAGUGGAGGCUGAAAGUGAAGCCUCACACGGUUUAACCAUUAAGGUCUCUCUCUGUGUGGAUUUUACUGGUGCCGGGGAGCCGCUGGGCACGCGCCUGCUCCUGUGUGCGUCGUCGGGCGGAUUCGAUGAGUUUGACUUCACGAUGAGGAGCGAGCCUCUUCUGUUCACUUCCAGCAGGGCGAUGGAGGAGCUGGUGUGUGAGCUUCGUCUGUUCCUGGACCUGUUGGACAGGGAGUAUCUGAGCGCUGGGGUUCGAGAGAAGAAGAUGCACCUCUCCAACAUCCUCCACAGAGUCCUGUCAGAUAAAGAGCCUUCAUUCAAGUCAGAGAUCCACAGUGGUCUGCCAGCCCCGCCUCAGAUGCCCCUCCCUGAGAUCCCUCACCCCUGGCUGCCUCCAAACAAUGGCCCUCCUCCUCUGCCCAGCUCCUCUCUACCGGAGGGCUACUAUGAGGAAGCAGUUCCUUUAAGUCCUGGAAAGGCUCCUGAAUACAUCACUGCCAACUAUGAUUCAGACGCCAUGAGCAGCUCCUAUGAGUCGUACGACGAGGAAGAGGAGGAUGGGAAGGGCCAGAAGAUGCGUCACCAGUGGCCAUCUGCAGAGGCAUCCAUGGACCUGGUGAAGGAUGCACGGAUCUGUGCAUUCCUGCUGCGCAAGAAGCGCUUUGGCCAGUGGACCAAACUCCUCUGUGUCAUCAAAGAUAACAAACUGCUGUGUUACAAGUCAUCCAAAGACCACACACCCCAGAUGGAGCUGACCCUGACAGGGUGCAGCAUCACUCACAUACCCAAAGACGGCAAGAAGAAGAAGCACGAACUGAAGAUUGUCCACCAGGGAGCAGAUGCCCUUGUGCUGGCUGUGCAUAGCAAAGAACAGGCCGAGGAGUGGCUUAAGGUAACGGAAUGGAGGGACCAGGCAGCGCCUAGUCUGCCUGGUGGACUGGAGUGGGGCAAAGAAGGACUGAUAGUCCUGGGAGGUUUUUUGGGCACCGAGGGCUUUCAAGCAAAGAACUGGGAGGGAGUGAAGGAGAAACUGGGCCAUCUGAUGAGGAUGACGGCGACAUCGAUGGGACGCCCUGAAAGACAACAGCAGCAACACCUCAGUCCGGCUGAUCAACAGAGUGGAGGAAGUUUGUCCAUACCCCAGAGAGAGUUUGCUGCAAACCGAACUCUGUGUGACCAGUGGUAUGACUGCUUUGAGUACUGCUUCCCCUCUCUGUCCAUCACCCCCUCUGUGGGGGAGUGGCAGGAAGGAGGAAGUCAGCUGCUCACCUUCACAACCCCGCACCUGGAAAAGUUCCAGGACGUGGGAAAAAAGCCGUCUGCCACACCUGUGUCAAGACACAAGGACCCGGAGGUGCAGUACUCCAGUCCCAACACAAGGGGGUGCCAACUGAAAGAGGAGGUGCUCUAUGAGAAUGCUGACCUCUAUGAGAACAUGCCCUCGUCCAAGCUGGACACUCGCUAUCCUCCCAAGCCUUCCUCUUCUUCUACUUCGUCUUCCUCCACCUCUACCAGUCACUACAAAACCCCUGUUUCUAAAUUCUCCUCUAAGUUCCUGGCUGCUGAUACUAAAACUAAAGCUACUGCUCAGCUGAAGGGAAAGAAGGGGCCCAAUGGGACGGCAUCCAAACAAAAGACAGAGCCAAAGAACCAGACCAAGAAGAAUGGAGUCAAUGGGACGAAUGGGACAGCUUCUCUGAAACAGAACGGCUCCAAUGCAGAGCAGUGCAAGUACGGGAAGAACCGCGUUGAGGCCGACGCCAAGCGGCUGCAGGCCAAGGAGGAAGAGCUGAUGAAGAAGAAGCAGGAGAUCAGGAACCACCUGACCCAGCUGAAGAAGGAGAGGAUAGACCUGCGCACUGCAGUGGAAGCUGCUGCUGGCAAACGUUCACACGCCUCGCUGUCGGAGCGACUGAAGAAGGUGGAGGAGGACUGCAGGCAGAAGGAGGAGCAGCGGGUCAACCUGGAACUGGAGCUGUCUGAGGUGAAGGAGAGCCUGAAGAAAGCCCUGAGCGGCGGGGUCACCCUGGGCCUCACGAUCGAACCAAAAACUGGCUCCUCUGGAAUCCAGUCCCCAGGGACGCUGCGACGGGCCCAGAAGUCUUCUUCCUUCUCCAGCUGUGACACCAGUGACACAGAGUCCUGCUCUCUGCCGGUCAACAGCGCCUCACUGCUCCGCCGGCAGCAGGGGGGCCAGAAGGCCUCUCCAGUCCGGGGACACGUCCUCAGGAAGGCCAAGGAAUGGGAGCAGAAGACCGGCACAUAAACCAGCCAGCCCCUCACUUCAGUCUACUUUCAUGUCUUUCAUUUUUAUUUUCAGAAAUUGUGCGUAUAUUUAUUUAAAACUGUUCAUACAGUCUGAGAGUGUGUUGAGGAGCACACAAGCAUAGCAUUCACAUCCUGUCGGUGCCACAACAUGCAGACGUAGCAUUCCUUUUUAAACUGUCUAACAUUGAGCAUGCUGAAUGUACUAAGUUGUGCCACUUGUGUUGUCCGCUGUACUUUCUUUUCAGUCACCUUUUUUUUGAUUGACAGUGUGUUUUCAAAAAGGUCAAAACCAAGUAUUUAUUUGUAAAUGUUUAGUGGAAAUACUAGCUUCCAUUUUUUUUAUUUAUGUUGAUGUAUUUAAAGUUAUUUGUGAUGAAUUUGUGGCGCUCCACAGAAUCCCAUUUCCUCCACCGUCAUGUGAGUCAGCGUCAGCAAACAAAGUACAUCACAACAAUCUUACUCACACCAGCUGAGCUCUAAGGGCUCAUUCAAGAAGCACAAUUAUUCUCAAGAUCACCCAAACUGUAAAAAACACAAUCCAUUAUGGAGGUUGAUCUGAGACAUGUUGACAGGACAGGUUUAUGCAAAGCAGUGUAGUUGUAGAAAAUGAACCUUUUCUAUUAAAAUCACACAUUGAGACAUCCCAUAAAUGAAGAUGACAUUCAUUGUUUUUACUUGGUCAUGGUUAGGACAGUUUAAGGACAUUUUUACACACAGAAAGUUAUUAAUUAUUACAUUUAUACAUGAAGUAUGUUUUCUUUGAAACAACCUAACACUACCAGUCCAUAUGUUCUCUAUCUGCAGAGGUGAGUGAAGCAUAGAAUAUCUUAUUUUGACUCACAAAUGUUAUAUGAGUAUUAUCACACACAGAAAGGAUGCUCCUUAUCCAGGAUUCGCACACCCUGCUGACUAAAAAUGACCAUGGUAAGAAGUAUGUGUCCCUCUACAGAUUGAACAAAACUAACUACUAGACUGAUAAAUGAAGUGAAAUGCUAGUAGCCACAGAUUUGUCAGAUUUGUCUGGCUACAACUGCAAAUUCAGCUUUUUAAUCUAGCAAAUGGAAUGAACAUAAUCAGUCUCACUUCAUCGUCACCCCUCACUGAAAGCUGGUUUAACAUUAGAAGCCGCCAGUAUUCCAAGUCACCCAGUACAGUUUUAGCCAUGCUGUUUCAGAGGUAAAUGAGUAAUCAUGCUUCUUUUAAUUGUCCCUUAGUGUGAUGCUGAUGGCUGGCAUCGGGCUGUAGCAGGACUCUAGCCGGUGUGUGUUAGCUUUCAAAAGCCGAGGCGUGGCAGCCCUCAGAUUUGGCUACUGCUUUACUGUAGUCCUGUACUGUAGUCCUGUCAUCUGACUCUCUGUGCAUUAUGUGUGUGUGUGUUUGCGCGCUCAAUUGCAUCCAAGGCACAUUCCAAACCCAUCGACGUAGUGUUCUGCUAAAUUAGAGACUGUGACUUUAAUUUUUUAGAAACAACCACACACACUUGUCAGUGUCACAUUUUCAUGGAGGUUUAUCAACGUUCCACUACGCUGUGUGACGCUCGUCAUGUUGAUUCUGCUCAAUAUACAUGGUGCUUUGUUGACAGAAGUAGCAAUAGUGUUCACUAAUGCUUGAGUUUGGAAAUCAAUACGUACAGCACAUGAGCACCAACUGCUCCUCGCUCAUGUAAAUAUUUUCUAAUCCGCUUCCGGUUUUCAAAUCCAUACCCCACAAGUGUGCGAGCUAGAGUGUAGUCGGCAUGUUAGCAUGAAGACAGGAGCGAAUGAGUUAUAGCUCCACCUAUCUCGUUCAUUUUUAUUCCCUGUUGGCUCGGCGUGGCUUAUAACUGAGCAAGAUGUCUGAUAAUGUGAACCUGCUGUACAUAGUUUGGCUUUGUGUAUG